AUGAUGAUUCAACCAUUCAUUAGCAGCAGCAGUUGGGGUGGUAGUAGCAGUAGUAUUAAACUCUUCUUCCAUCCCAUUCGACGUCGUUCCUUAAUCGUUGCCUCUCUUGCACUUCUUCUUUUGUUCAUCUUAAUUUUCUGUACCUACAUUCAAUGUCAACCACAACCACAACCACCGUAUGGAACGGGAUAUUCUGGCAGUCCAUAUGCACGAAGAAGAAGAAGAAGACGUCGUAGAAACAGAUGUCGUGGUCGUAAUUGUCGAAGAAGAAGACGAAAUCAAAGAAGACGUCGUCGUAGACCGGACCAAGUUGGUGGUGAAGGACAAGGUGGUGAAGGACAAGGAGGUGGUGAAGGACAAGGUGGUGGUGGACAAGGUGGUGAAGGACAAGGAGGUGAAGGUAGUGAAGGACAAGGAGGUGAAGGACAAGGAGGUGAAGGACAAGGAGGUGAAGGACAAGGAGGUGAAGGACAAGGAGGUGAAGGACAAGGUGGUGAAGGACAAGGAGGUGAAGGACAAGGUGGUGAAGGACAAGGAGGUGGUGGACAAGGAGGUGGUGGACAAGGUGGAGGACAAGGUGGUGGCUCUUUUCAACCACCUUACCCUGGUUGGAGAUGGAGAGAUCCUUGGGGAAAUCCUUAUGGUGGUGGUUAUGGUUAUCCAGGCCAAGGAUAUCCAGGAGGUUAUGGCUAUGGUUAUGGCUAUCCAGGAGGUUAUGGCUAUGGUUAUCCAGGACAGGGUGGUGGUGGUGGACGUGGUGGUGGCAGACACAAAAGAGCUUUUCAAUUCAAAAGUAGUGAAGAGAAUGAGAGUUCUGAUGGACAAGGUGGAGGACAAGGUGGUGACGAAUAUUCUCCAGAGAUUGAGGAUGAGGUACGUCCUCGUUGUCGUGGUUAUGGUUGUUAUCGUUAUGGUCGUCGUCGACGUCGUCCGGAUCCCUCUCGUCGAUAUCGACAACGCUAUGGAUACUACAAACCUCGUUAUGGCAGCAAGUAUUGA